GUUGCAUUUCUAUUGGCCGAGCGCGUCGUUGUAUUCCGUUUAAAACAACAAACUUCUCCUAGCAGCUGACGGACGGCUGUGGAGGUUGUUGAACCUCUUUAAAGUGACACUCUUUUUAACAAUCGUUGGUCUCACUAGAUAUAGUAAACAUCUUAUAUUCUGAGAAAAAUAUUCGUGAGUCUUUAGACGAAGUCAGUAUCGUGAUUGACAGGACUGCACUUCUUGCUAGCUGGCUAUAGAUUAGCCGCAUACAUGGCAAGGCACGUGACACCCAGACACAAGGUGGUGUCAUCCGGUAGGUUGACGGGAUCCGGCCGAGGACAGAUGACCAGGAAAAAGGUUGCUGGAAGACCUCUACAUCUUGGCCCUUCAUAUUCUCUUUACUCCACAGAUUCAGAAGACCAGGUCACAACCAUAAACGAAGGCCUGGAUCGAUGUGCGGCUUUGCUCAGCGAUAUACUUCAAGCUGAAAAAACAGACCCCAAGACGAAGUUGCAAAUCUCAAAGGCGGCUCCUGCCAAAAAGAAAACAGCACUUGGCAAGAAUGAAACCGAGAGAAAGAGGGUCGGGAAGAAGGCAAGCGCAGCCGCACACGCAAACAAGAGACCAGCUCCAGUGCAGAAGACCAUCUUACCCUCACAGACUUAUGCAGACUUAAGAAGGCAGCCAUGUGUCCGUGGCGUGCAGCAGCCCCCUGCUGUCGAUGUUGUCAUCGGAUCAGAAGUGAGGCAGGGAGGGACCUCUGUGACACAAGUGGAGUGUGUUCAGCCGCACAGCUUUCCUCUAGGUAGCAGUCUUCCACCCACAGGACCCCAGCCCUCCACUGUGUUUAAUUGCCGUCUGACCACCUCCACCCCAGCACUCAGUCCUCACAGACCCACAUCAGCUCACAGUCCAACGUCUCACAGAGCAGCAGAUGGAGAGAUGCAUCACUUCCCUCAGCAGUGGACUGAAGCCUCUGCGGCACCAUCAACUCAACACGGAGCUUUAAGUGCUACAGUUUCACCCACCCAGUACACAGCGUCUUUUUCUGUAGCUCCAGCUGUCCAGCUGCAGCCUGCAGUCUCCACAACUGUGUCGGCUGUACAACCGGGGCAGAUUAAACCCUCCAGUCCUGUUAUAAAUGCACCUCAUGCAGGCUCAGGCGGACAGAGCAGCACCCUACAGUCACAUAGUGGACCUCAAUGCUGCCCUUCUUCUCCAGCGUCAGCACGAAGCCACACACCGGUACCCCUCGCCACCCACAUCCUGGUGUGCGACAGUUCACAGGAUCAACAGCUUUCGUCCGGAGAGUGUGUGUCGUCUUCAUCAGAGGAGAGUGGGGACUGCAUGAGUGAAGAGGAUGAGCUGGACAGAGUGGAUACCAUGCCAGUCAGAGACACAAGCUGUCAGACCAGCGUAGACAAGCAUACUGUGAUGCUGAAAUACAACAGCAAGUCAGGGAGCCCUGUAAAGACAGCCAGGAAGGUGAUGACUGUCAAAUACCUGUUAGGAGAGCUGAAGGCGCUGGUAGCUAAUCAAGACAGUGAGGCGGUUCGUCUUAUCUCAGAGGUAGAGCAGAGCAUCUCCCUGCUCCCCACCAUGGUGGGCAGCACCAACAUUCAGGCUGAGCUUGCCCUCGCACUGCAGCCACUCAGAAGUGAGAACGUGCAGCUCCGCAGGCGUCUGAGAAUACUGAAUCAGCAGUUACAAGAACGGGAGAGAGCAGAAAGACAGGCAAGACCGGUGGACUGCAAUCUAGAAUUGGUCUCACUUCAGUCACUAAACCUCACACUUCAGACUCAGUUAAAUGACCGCUGUAGAGAGUUGGAGAACCUUCAGCAGGAGAACCAGAAACUCCAGCAGUCUGUAGAGGACCGAGAGAACGACCUGCAACAGACCAAAGAGCAAUGCGAGUUAGAGACAAGUCGUAUACGCAUGGAUGUGAGUGAGGCAUUAGCUCAAAUGCGAAACUGCCAGGCUAAGCUAGAAGACUCUGAGAGGGAGAACACUGCACUGACACAGAGCCUCCAGCAGAAGGAGGCAGAGAUCACAAAACUACAGGAGAUAAUCAGAAAUCUUCAGAAAAGCCCCAUCCCCUGCCAUCCUGCUCAGACAGAUGUUUCCAGACCUCCUGCGGCUCAGCUCACUAAGAGUGUUCUAGAUCUGUAUGAGAAUCAGCAGCGAGAGCCUACUGUGACCAACCGAGUCACAGACUCCAUUAAGGCCUACCUUGAGACUCUAGAGGACUCUGGACACAGCUCAGCACCUCACCCAGCUCACCCUCAAUCCCAUAAACUGUCUCGCUCUUCCCCUGGCCAGUGGAAAUGCAGACAAGAGAGCUCCCCUAAAAGCUCAGAUGUACACACAUCACUAAAGAACAUGGCAGUUGGGAGUGUGAGUCAGGAAAUAGAGAAGAGCGAAGCAGCUUUUGUUCCGCUACGAGAAACGGCAAGGGUGCAGCUUGCACCAGUUCCCCAGAAACACUCUCCAGUUCAUGGAAAUGGUCACGUCGGACUGAAGUUCCUCGGACUUGCGUUUAAUAAACUUGGCAUCUCGAAUGGCCUCCCAGCUCUGCAUGAGGAUCAUUGUACAGAUUACCUCCCAUGUCCUGAUGGUGUGAGCUUACACCUGAAACAGCCCAGUGAGGGUGCUGUUAAUCUUGCAGACCAGUCGCAAUCCCAAUCCCAGCAUGCACGGCGGCGUCUGCAUAUGGGAGAAGCAUCAGUAUGCACAGGAAGGCCAUCAGCAUAUGAGAACACCAUUUCAUCCUGUGAUAUAAAAUCUUUAGAUUCAGACUGGUGCGUGAACUCCUUGUCUACGUUUAAUACGCACGACGAGCAAGAGUUCCGCAAUGGCUUAGCAGCUUUAGAUGCCAGUAUUGCCAGCCUACAGAGGACCCUGAAAGCUGACCUUAAGAGAUGAUUGUACUAAUGUAGUUUUAUGCCUGUUUUAUAUCGGUUUUAUGUGUUUUAAUCAUGUUAUUAAAUUAUUUGUCAUUAAA